UUAUAUUCUGUGGGAUAAAGUAACGAGGACAGUAAACGCCAGUGGUAGAAUUUAGUACUAGUUUAAAGGGCUCGAGCGUAUCUGUCUAAAUUCAUUGAAAUAAUAUUUUUCGCGAUAAUUUUUAACAAGUUUUUCUACUUUGUGAAUUUGGACAAAAUUGGACAUGGAAACAAUGAUUAAAAAACACAAAUCACAUCGUUAUUGUUCAGUGCCUCAUUGCAAAUCAACCUGUUCUAGAGAGAUUUCGUUAUUCCUCUUUCCGAAAAGUAAAGAUUUAGCAAAGCAAUGGUCUGAUAUUCUUGAUAUACGCAGACAAGCUACUAAGUAUAUAUAUGUGUGCAGUUUACAUUUCGAUAAAAAAGACUUUACUUUAUCAAUGUCAGCAAAGAAAAGACGCUUGAAAAAUGGUGCUGUACCUUCAAAAAAUUUACCAGUUAAAUCAUCGUCUAGUGGGCCACGUGCAACGCAAUUGCGCGAAAUUGAAGAUAAUAAGUUAAGAGGACCAAAUAAACGUGAAAGGGUGCCUUUUAAGAAAAUGUUAAAGGAUGGAGCAAGUAACAGCGACUCCCUGGCUGAGUGCCGGGCUUGCUUGCAGUUAUGUUCAAACAAAGAACAACACAAUUUGUUUAAAUGUUGGGAUCCACCGUGGGCCGGAAUGGAAAACACUCCAGCCGAGGACUUAUCUAAACUUGCAUGUGUUCAGAUAUCUCAGACAGACACACAUUCUAAAAUCCUCUGUCAAAGUUGCUAUACGCAUCUGCAAAAUGCUUGCCAGUUUGUUGAGAUAGUUAAAAAGGCAGAUGAAGUGCUUAGUUUGCGAAUAGGAGUUAAUAAUCCACACACACCUGAUAGCUGGCCUAAACCUAUACAAGUUGAUAAAAAUGUACCCUAUGACAAGGUUCAGAUUAAAGAUGAAAUAUUUUCGGAUGAGGAGACCCAACAAAUUAAUGAAGAAGAUUUUUCUAAUGUUGAUGUUAAAAUUGAAGCAGAUGAUUGGCCCAGUCAAUCUGUACAUAUAAAUGGUAUAAUAUCUCUUGGUCAGCUAAAUAAAGAAAUGGCUGAAAUUAAUGGAUACCUACCGGAUGUUGAACAAAAUGGUAAAAUCAAUGGUUUGACCAGUGAAGAACCAAUAACAAAUGGCGUUGUGAAUUAUAAACAUGAUAAGGCUGAUUCAUUUAAUACUAAUUGCUUAGUUGUAAGCGUUAAGGAUGAACCAGUAAGUGAUGACGAGUCAGAGACUAAUGCUAGUGAAUUGCCAUUAGACUGCAUUUUGUGUUGCAAAACAUUUUCAAGUCUUACAGGACUCAAGGCCCAUGUAAUUGCUCAACAUUCCUAUAAAGUUCUUAGAAGAAAAACUAUAGAUGAUGCACAAGAAAGUUUGUUAAAGAAUGUUUGUAAAAUUUGUAAAAGAAGAUUUGAGACAUCUACAGAUCUUAUGGUCCAUGAGACUUGUCAUAAUAUGUGUGUGUGCUACGGCUGCAAUACAAGCUUUGAGACAUUUGACCAAUUAUCCCAGCAUAGACAAAGCUGCAUGGCCCAUAAAAAUAGUGAAGUUGGAAAAGUCCUCAAACUUGAAGACGUUCAAAGAAUGGCAAACAUAGCUCAGAGAAUCCUUGAAGUUAUCACAAAAUUCACAAUAUUUUCCCAAAACUCGGAACAUGGGAACAUUGAUGAGUGUUAUCAAGCUUUGUUGGCAGUGAUUACUCAGAAGGAGGACUCCAUAUGUGACGAUUUGUCAUGUAACUAUGAUGAUUUAUGUAGUUUGUCAGACUUGGAGUCAUAUGAUGAUACACUACUGGAAUAUAACAAACAUUUUCUCUCAGAUUUGCAUUUGCAAAAGAAAUCAAGUAAAUUGAUUGAAUCUUCAGUUUUGGAACACAAUAUUACUAGCCAAAGUGAUGAUGACUUCAAUUCAAUGGAACAUUCAGUUAAGGCAAUUGGAAAAUUAUUGUCCUACCCUGUCGUUAAAAUAACACGUCUAGAAAGUCCAAUCUUACAAAAUAAUAAAAGUAGUCAUUUAUACGAUUCUGAUCCUACUUCGAGCUAUGAAGAUUUUGAAGAAUUGGAUGAAUUUCUACUAGAUUCGGAGGAGUUAUUGAUUUCUAGUCAUAAAAGAGCAGAUGGCGUAGAAAAACAAAUGGCAAAGGAAAAUGAAAAUCAGUUAAUUUUAUCAAACUCUGAAUUUAGCACUGAAAUUGAUACAAGUAAAGAUGUAAUAUUACAUCCAGAUAUUAAUGACAUUCAUGAGAAAUCAUUAUCAUCUAGUUUCCUCCUGUUUAAUGCAUCAAAUUCUAUCACAGAGGAGGAAAAUAUAGACAGCUUAGACUUUGAUGAUGACGACGACGAGUUUCAUGCAGACAAUGUGUCUGUUUGUCUGGAUAUACUAUCCAAAUAUUUUCCUGAUGAAACUGAAAAUGAUGAAAACUUUGCAAAGAGUUCUACUCAGACAUUAUCUAAAGUUGCAUUUAAGUCUUCUUUUCCAAUAAAUGUUGCAAACACUCAUCUGAAUCCAGUGGCUAAUGAUGAAAUAAUAAACAUUAUAGAUGAAUCUAAUGACAUUGACAAUUUCAAGAAACCAUGCAUAGUUGGCUCAACUAAUAAACUAAUUUCUGUUAAUAUAAAUACAUCCAUCAGUCAAAUACCUCAAAAGAACACAACAGAUAUAGCUUCAAGAGCCUUAACAUUGUUUAAUAUGAGUGAGCCUCGCGUCAUCGAAAAUGCAUCUACAACACCUCUUAGCUUAUCUAGUGACAAGACUAUAAAUUACAUAUGCCAAAAACCCUUGACCACACGUGCAUUGAAAAGCAAUAUUGUAAAUGAACAUUGCUCUGAUGUCUUAAUUAAACAAACCGGAACCGAAGAAAUGAAUCUCAGAAAUUUCAACAAAUUACCUGCCAAUGAAACUCGCGAAAUAGAAAAACAUAGAAUUAAGAAUAAAUCACAUGUGAUAGCAACAGAUGUAAAGAUUUCUGAAAAUAAUUCUAAGCUGCAAACUGCCAAACUUUCUAAAAGUAUAGUUGGUUGUGAGAAUGAGGUUAUUGGCAGUGACAUAUGUAAAGAUAAAAAAGCGUCUUCACGUGAACUACCUUCUUCUGUUACUUGUGAUACUAAUUCGCAAACAUUUCAGCCCUUACCUAGACUCGUUGGAGUUAAUAAUAAAUUUAUAUUUAGGUAUAGAAGUACACGAAAAAUGAGACGUGGCUGUAAGAUGGAUUGCAAAUUUCGUUGCAGGAAGAUUUUUACAUCGCAUCUGCGGUAUAAUAAAUUCAAAGAUUUUUGGAAAAUGGAUCUUAGUGCACAAAGUAAAUUUCUCGACGACAACGUAGUUAAGAAAAUACCACGAAAACUACCCAGGAACAGAUUUUUUCUCCCUAACUCUAAUGAGUCGGUGCGUGUAUGUCGGAAAUUUAUCGAAGAUACAUUUUCAAUUUUAAUGCUGAGUUAUAGAAAAGAAUUCAAAAAGUGUAAAUUGACUUGUGAUGACUAUUAUUUUAACGUAGGAAAAAAAGACACAAAGGUACUUGAUUGUUGCAACAAACAAACUUUGUCUGAAUGUGUAUCCUCUAUUAAUUUAUUUAAAGAAAACAAAACAAAUAGCAAUGGAGAUACGAAACAAUUGGAUGUCAUAAAGAAAUCUAACAAUAUAGCCCAGAGUAACUAUGGUGCCGAAAAGUGUUCUAUUUCUUCCAUCCAUCGUAAUAUAAAAUCAAAUGUGUCUAAUGGUGACACACCUUAUGUCCAUUGUAGUAUGAAAAAUGAUCACAGAAGAUUAGUUGAUAAAACAGGGUCCGAAAUCAAUAAAAAUAUGAGGGAGCUUAAUUUAAAAAUUUGUUCGAAAAAGAGUAAAGUUGAAAGCUCAACUUGCAGUAAUGAAUAUGCUUCAGGAGCAAGUAAUAUCAAGAAGCGAUAUAGAUAUAAUAACAUAACAAUUAACGUUAGCACUUCAGAUAAAGUUUCAUUUUCUCGAUCAAAUCCUUACGUGAAACUUAUUGAUAUAGGAUUUUACACUCAAUUGCAUUCUUCAAAUAAUCCAGAAACAUCAAGUACAAAUUCAACUCAAACUCAUAGUCAAUUGGUGAAAAACAUUGAUUUUUCAAACAUCGUUGAUCCAUCUCCUAGUUAUCAGUCAGACAAGAACAACUUAUCCCACCGAAUUGAUACAGAUUUAGACAUCCCUAAUAAUGAUAGUAACAGCCAAGGUCUACUAGAAAAUGAAGUAAAAACUAAUUUUUCUCAUUCACCUUUCGAUGAUUUGACCGCCAAAGAUAUUAAUUGUCAAAGUAUUCUGCACGAUAAACUAAAAUCAGAAAUGGCUAAUGAAAAUCAACAGAUUCCUAAUGCACAUACUAAUUGUCAAACAUUAUUACAUGAUGAGAUAAAAACAAAAACUCUCCCUUUAGUUAUAGAAAAAUUUCAGGCCUCUGACGAGGAAAGUAAUAGUCAAAGUAUUCUGCAGAACGAAAUUGAAAGUAAUCUCUAUCUUUCCAAUAAUAUAAACUCUGAAAUAACUAAUAAUUAUAGUAGUAGUUAUAAUAUCGACGGCCAUGAUUACUGUUCAUCUGUCAAAGAUUUGCCAAAAUCAUAUGUAAAAAGUAACAAACAAAACACCACUGAAGAUCAUCUGCCGCUUUUAAAUCUUCCAAAAAUUACAAAAUAUCAAGUUAGUAAAUGUCAUACACGAGACAAUAUUGACGAUAACUUUCCCCAUUUACCUGCAGAAGAUUUGGUGCCGUCUAAUGAGGGAAGCAAUCUUCAAGACCAAAUGAUGACCAAACCUCUUUUAGUUAAUCUAAAUCCACAAUGUACCGAAGAAGAUAGUAAAUGUAAUGAUAUGACAAAUCAUAUAAUUCAAUUAUCUGGUAAAGAUUUCUCAAAUGAAAAAAGUAGGAAUGAACAAAGUAUGACGGGUGAAAUUGAACAUAAUGAUUAUAGUAGUUAUCAUAGUGACAGUGCACGGGACAUAAUUGACCAUCACUUACCCUGUUUACCUAUAGAACAUCUGGCGCCCUCUAAUGAAGGAAGUAAUCUUCAACACGAAAAAGUAAAUAAGCUGCCUCUUUCACUUAAUCCAAACCCACAAUAUACCAACGUUGAUAGUAGAUGUAAUGAUACACAAAAUCACAUAAUGCGAUUAUCUGGUGGAGAUUUGUCCAAUGAAGAAAGUGAGAAUCAACAAAGUAUGACGGGUGAAAUUGAACAUAAUGAUUAUAGUAGUUAUCAUAGUGACAGUGCACGAGACUUAAUUGACGUACACUUACCCCUUUUACCUCCAAUAAAUUUGGUGCCGUGUAAUGAGGUUAUUAAUCUUCAAAACGAAAUGGAGAACAAGCUGCCUCUUCUACUAAAUCCAAACCCACAAUGUACCAACGAAGAUAGUAGACAUAUACAAAAUCACAUAAUGCGAUUAUCUGAUAAAGAUUUGUCCAAUGAAGAAACUGAGAAUCAACAAAGUAUGACGGGUGAAAUUAACCAUAAUGAACACGGUAGUUAUCAUAGUGACAGUGCACGAGACAUAAAUGACGAUCACUUACCCCUUUUACCUACAAUAGAUUUGGUGCCGUGUAAUGAGGUUAUUAAUCUUCAAAACCAAAUGGAGAACAAGCUGCCUCUUGUACUUAAUCCAAACCCACAAUGUACCAACGAAGAUAGUAGAUGUAAUGAUACACAAAAUAACAUAAUACGAUUAUCUGGUGGAGAUUUGUCCAAUGAAGAAAGUGAGAAUAAACAGAGUAUGACGGGUGAAAUUGAACAUUAUGAUGAUAAUAGUUAUCAUAGUGACAUUGCAAGGAACAUAAUUGACGAUCACUUACCCCCUUUACCUAUAGAACAUUUUGCGCCCUCUAAUGAGGGAAGUAAUCUUCAACACGAAAUGGAGAACAAGCCGCCUCUUGUACUUAAUCCAAACCCACAAUGUACCAACGAAGAUAGUAGAUGUAAUGAUACACAAAAUAACAUAAUACGAUUAUCUGGUGGAGGUUUGUCCAAUGAAGAAAGUGAGAAUCAACAAAGUAUGACGGGUGAAAUUGAACAUAGUGAAGACAGUAGUUAUCAUAGUGGCAGUGCACGAGACAUAAAUGACGACCACUUACCCCUUUUACCUACAAUAGAUUUGGUGCCGUAUAAUGAGGUUAUUAAUCUUCAAAACGAAAUGGAGAACAAGCCGCCUCUUGUACUUAAUCCAAACCCACAAUGUACCAACGAAGAUAGUAGAUGUAAUGAUACACAUAUUAACAUAAUACGAUUAUCUGGUGGAGAUUUGUCCAAUGAAGAAAGUGAGAAUCAACAAAGUAUGACGGGUGAAAUUGAACAUAGUGAAGACAGUAGUUAUCAUAGUGGCAGUGCACGAGACAUAAAUGACGACCACUUACCCCUUUUACCUACAAUAGAUUUGGUGCCGUAUAAUGAGGUUAUUAAUCUUCAAAACGAAAUGGAGAACAAGCCGCCUCUUCUACUUAAUCCAAACCCACAAAGUACCAACGAAGAUAAUAGACCUAAUGAUAUGGCAAGACAUAUAAUGCUAUUACCUGAUAAACAUGUGUUCAAUGAAGAAAGUAAGAAUGAACAGAGUAUGGCGGGUGAAAUUGAACAUAAUGAGGGUAGUAGUUGUCAUAGUAUAAGACAAGAUCUAAUUAAAAAUCACUUGCCCCAUAUAUCUAAUGAAAAUUUGCUGAAGUCUAGUGAUGAAAGUAGUGGACGUACUUUGCAAAACGAUAUUAUAAACAAACUGCCGUUAUCAUCUAAUAUGCAAAUUACAAAUGCAGAUGCUUUCUGUGAAGUCUUGUGUGAUUCACGAAUUGAGCAUGAGGAUUCUAAUGGUCAAAAUAUUAUUUAUCCACUUAAUGACGAUCGACAGAAUUACAAUAGAGCUAGUCCAAGGCCUACUAUUGGAGAAGAAACAACUAUUCAAACUUUGACUCACACUUUUCAUACAGAUACACACGUAUGUUAUGAAAAUGAUCCUAAAAUUGCGAAAGACUUUAACAGCUCCACCAUAUUUGAUUAUACUAAUACAAAUCUACAGAUUGAUAACAAAGAUAUAAUUCAACAGCAAAAUGUUAAAACAAAUUUGUCUCAUUUAACAAUUACGAAUUCAUUGACAUAUAAUAACACAGGUAAUGGCGAAAGUUAUUGUUAUUAUCAUAGUAGUCCGAAUGUUUUAGAAUCGCAGAUUUCCAUUGAUGAGAGUAAUUCUAGUCAAAUGUCAUUAAAAUUUAGUGUGCUAGAAAAUACACCAGAAAUCGAUUUUGAAGGGUUGUUUCAUCCUCAAUCCCAAUCAUUGAUAGAUGGUAAAAUAAAUCUUAAACAGCAUUAUCGGAAAAAAUCAAAUCAUUUUAAAUUGCAAAGGAUUAUUGGUAAAGGAUAUAAGUUUAUAUUUAGGUAUAAAGUAACUAGAAGCCUGAGACCAGGAUGUCAACAUUGUAUCUAUAAAUGCACACAGGCUAUAGGAUUUGAUCAGCGACGUGUUCUUUUUGAAAACUUUUGGAAGAUGGACGUCCUCGCUCAGACUUCUUAUCUUAACGAACAUGUGUUUCUUAUUAAUCCUAUUUUAGGUUUACAUGAUAUUAAUGAAACACGUAUGAAACGGAAUCAUAAAUUUUUCUUUACUGUGUAUGGUAAACGUUUUCGUGUAUGUAAAAAAUUCUUUUUGAAUACCUUAUCAAUUCUUAUGGCCGAUUUGGAAAAUGAUAGCAGCCGCUUAAAAGUUAUUCGUGAACGUCUUAAUCCUAAUGUAAAACUAAUUGAUAUAGGAUUUCAUAAAGAGCCCCAACGAGCAAUAGAAGUUGUCUCGUGUGUGUCAAACCACACAUCUUCAGUGGAAACUUUUGGUCCUGGCUCAUGGAACGCCAGUUUGGAUAGUUACAGUAAAUUAGAUAUGCAUUCACCUCAUACUAAAAUAAAACUACCAGAAAAUGUUAGAUUAGAAGCUGUUAAUGUUGAUGAUUUCCAAAGUAAUUCCUCUGAUUCGCAAUCUCAGUCACCUGUAUAUGCUGAGUUGUCCACUGUAGAUCAGUAUUAUGACAAAGAAAUAGUAAGCAAUGUCUGCUCCUUAAACGCAGAACCAUGUGAUAAAAAUACUCACUUAAUGAAACCUCACGAAAUUAAUAGCAUAAGGCCUUUUAUAACUAAUGUUACACAAGCCAAUAAGGAAGAACAAUCUUUUAAAGCUAUCUUAAAUAAUUGGUCCAAACCCCAAGACCCUCUAGACAAACAAAGACGAGCGCCUUUUAAAUGUACAACAAAUUAUAAUCAAAUUUCAUCUAAAAACUGCACACAUACAACCUAUAUUCAAACUAAAAGUGAUAGUUUCCAAGAAAUAGAUGAUGAAUUAAAAAAUAUGGAUAUCUUGUAUGAAAGUUCUUUAGACAGUGCGAAUACAUCUUUAUUGGAUCUUCGUCAGACAAUUACAGUGCCUAACUUCCUAGAUUGCGACGACCACAUAAAUAAGGUGGCUUUCGGUACCAAAUCCUAUGAAAGAAGUGAUACAGAAUUAUUUUUAAAAGAUUCUCAAAUUCAAAAUGCUUCUUCUUUAUCAAGCCUAUCAAGUGCUGAAACGAAUCCUGGUGUUAAAAGCCAAACAGAGAUACCAGAAGAUAAAGUUAUUGAUGGACUGCAAUUAUCGACACAGAAUGUAUGUGCUGUAUCUGAAUUGUCAAAAAAUAUCGAUUCUGUUCUUAUUGCCACUGCCCAACAUGAUAUAAAUAGUGCACUGAAUCAAUCAGAAUGGCAACUAGGCCACCGAGAACGCGGAAAUAUUAUUACGACUACUGCUGUAACCAAUUUACUACCUACUUUCACUAAUUCAAUAAAUAAUGAAACUACAAAACUAACAAAUUCAGUCUAUGGGUUAGAUAAAAUAACUAUAGAUCCAAAUACUUCUGUAAUAAAUAUUGACGAGGAAAAGCCCCAAGAUACUACUGAGAAAGAUACUAAUGUGAUACAAGAUAAUACUGAUCUGAAUGAACAACAGAAUCUAAAUCAGCCGUGCGUAACAUCUGAUAUUGCAAUGGAAUCCUUUAAAUGCUCGACUUUAAAUAUUGAAAUUUCAAACCAAACUAAUAAAUUUCCUAGUAAUACGGAUAGUUUAGCUACAGAAACUGAUGGAGUAGUCACUCCAAUACCAGAUAAAAAUAAUUUAAACAAUGGUGUGACUUUACUAUCGGAUUUGGUAGUGCAAAAUCAAAAUUAUUACAAUACAAAGGAUAAUCCCUGCAGCUCGCCAAAAGAAACAUCUUUUACUUAUACUGAUUCAUGCAAUUCCAGUUCCGAAUAUCUAGAAUCCAAGGAAAUGCAACUAAUUAAUGACAAUAGACUAAAAUCGGAUUAUGCUCAGUUGUCUAACGUCUAUGAACCACCAUGUAUAGACAGUUAUUUAAUUACCAAAAAUACUUAUUACGAAUUUCAAAUCCAGGUUUAGAAAUGAAAUGUCCACAAUGCUCAGAAACGUUCACGGAUGCAUACUAUCUCGAUAUCCAUUUAGAUAUAUAUCACCCUUCUUAUGAACCAAAACAUUUUAUUGAUUCUGAAGAAGAAAUGGAAACGGAGG